GCUUGCUGUCUUCCUCAUCCCAACUUCCCAAGUCGGUCCCCUAGAGCCCGGCCGUCCGUUUCAUGAACCCACAUUGGGCGAAGGGUUUUUAGAGACGGCGCCAUCCCGGAGGACGAUCAUCAUGGCUGUGCUUGGGAAAUUUCAAAUGGGAGACGUCUGGCCAUGUCUGGUGGUUGGUCUUUGGUUCCUUUCUCCCUCCCAACCACGGCACGCCGCACGCAUUGGAUGGGUUCCAUUGCUCGGUGUCAGACCGCAAAGAGGGGUGACCUUGGGUAGAGCUUUGGGGGUUGUAGCUUUUGACGACAACACCGGGCUGGAUUCAGCUGAAAACCACGCCGUCAAUACCUGUCAUGUGGGGUACUGCUCUUGUACCCGCGCAGGCCUGCAGGCACCAGGUUAGCUGGGUGACGCUGCGAACAACGCCAAAAAGUC